AUGCUCUUGAGAUGUCGGAGUGCGAAUACUAUGCAAUUCUCAGUGCAUGAUAGACACUUUAUCAAACCAUGCAUGACAUUUUUGAAGCCACCAAGGCUUCGAGCUAACCUUGUCUUGACGAGAAAAAUUACUUCUCAAUAUAAUACUUACGCUACCGAGAACACUUCUCAUGAGGUAUCAGUCAAAGAAAAUAUUUUUUCUCUAUCAAAACCCUCUAUCGCGAGAUAUAAUGAGAUAGGGGUACAACAGCUCAGUAGUCAUGUCUUUUCUCAAAUAUUUCCAAAAGGUGCUCGCCCACCACCUACAAACCUGGUAGAGUUAUCAAGGGAUCACCUCAAGCGUCAUGAGUUACUUGGGAAAAAUACCGAUAAUAGUCCACCAAUUGCUUUCGAUCUUCCAGAAUUACAAGGUUCCACACUUGAUGAGCACUUCUACAAACUGGGUAUGGAUUCUGCAGAGCCCUAUCUAUCCUUAGCCAAACUUCUCGCUCGAUCUCACGUACCGAAAAAACCGCUGAAAUGGAUACAUAGAAGCGGAUGGACGAAAUAUUAUCCUGAUGGUAGGUCGGAGGCCGUUGAUACACCCAAUGAAGAAAUUUUAUGCUUUGAUACGGAAGUCUUGUGGAAAGAAAGCCCUUUUGCUGUAAUGGCAUGCGCCGUCAGCCCUACCAAUUGGUACGCUUGGCUAUCGCCAUGGCUACUCGGAGAAACAGAAAAUGAUAAGCACCUAAUACCAUUAGGAGAUCCAAAACGAGAUCGAGUAAUUGUAGGCCACAACAUUGGAUAUGAUCGAGCAAGAAUUGCUGAGGAAUAUGACGUAACUCAAUCUAGGAGCAACUUUUUGGAUACAAUGUCAUUACAUGUAGCCGUGAACGGAAUGUGUACCCGGCAACGACCCAUGUGGAUGAAGCAUAGAAAGAAUCGGGAACUCCGUGAUAAAAUUGCUGGAGAGACAGAUAGCGCAGAACUGGCAAACCUACUUGAAGAUGGAUCUCUAACAGAAGAGGAAGAGUUAUGGGUUGGAAAGAGUUCUGUCAACUCUUUGCAAGAAGUAGCUGAGUUUCAUCUAGGAGUAAUCCUUGAUAAAACAGAAAGGGAUGCUUUCAGUGAAAUAAGCCGUGAAGGAAUUAUAGCUAAACUCGACCGUCUGUUGGAUUAUUGUGCUACUGAUGUGGAUGUAACCCACAAGAUCUUUAAGGUUGUUUUUAACAACUUUCUGGAAACUUGUCCCCAUCCUGUAAGCUUCGCCGCACUAAGACAUCUUUCUUCGGUAAUUUUACCAGUAGACAGAUCAUGGGAGACAUAUAUAUCAAAUGCUGAGGCAACUUACAAGAAAAUGUCGGAUGGUGUUCAAGAAAGAUUAAUAUCGCUAGCCGAGAAGGCUCUUGCUUUAAAAGAAAAUCCUGAAGUCUGGGAAAAUGACCCGUGGCUUCGACAACUAGACUGGUCCGGUCAGGAAAUCAAGAUGGUCAAAGGCAAAAAAAAGGGCGAUCCUCCUCGACCGGCAAAGCAGAAAAUGCCUGGAUGUCCUAAGUGGUAUAAAGAUUUAUUUUCCAAAGCUGGUGCUCCUAUUUCGCUAUCAGUCCGUACUAGAAUUGCACCAAUCUUACUCCGACUAUCAUGGAAUGGUAAUCCAAUGGUAUGGUCCGACAAGUAUGGAUGGACCUUUCGGGUUCCCAUCAAAGAAUCGGACAGAUAUCCUGAGAUGAAAAUGCAAAAAUGUUCCGAUUUUGGCGAUAAAGAUGUUACAUUAAAACUUGAUACUGGGGCCGUAUACUUUAAGCUUCCUCAUAAAGACGGUCCGUUGGCUCGAUGCGUCAAUCCUAUGGCAAAGAGCUACUUGACUUAUUUCGAAAAUGGUGCCCUAUCUUCUGAAUUUACAUAUGCCAAGGAGGCAUUAGAGAUGAAUGCUUCUUGCUCUUAUUGGAUCGGAGCAAGAAUGCGGAUAAUGUCACAGAUGGUGGUCUAUGAAUGUGAUGGAGCAAAGCGGCCAAAAGUUGGCUCGGAGGAUAUGACAGAAAUUGGAUUCAUCUUACCACAGAUUAUACCUAUGGGUACUAUAACUCGAAGAGCUGUAGAAAAAACUUGGCUUACAGCUAGCAAUGCAAAGAAGAAUCGUGUUGGUUCAGAAUUAAAAUCUAUGGUAAAAGCUCCUCCGGGCUAUGUUUUUGUAGGUGCAGACGUAGAUUCAGAGGAACUCUGGAUUGCAAGUUUGAUUGGUGAUGCACAAUUCAAACUACAUGGAGGAAAUGCCGUAGGUUUUAUGACCCUUGAAGGAACGAAAGCAGCAGGGACAGACUUACACUCUCGCACAGCUUCUAUCCUUGGAAUUACUAGAAAUGAUGCAAAAAUUUUCAAUUACGGAAGGAUCUACGGCGCGGGUCUUAAUUUUGCAUCAAAACUCCUUCGACAAUUUAACCCUAAUCUUUCGGAAAAUGAAACCUCUAAAGUUGCAGGAACUCUCUAUAAGGCAACAAAGGGAAUACAAACAAGUCAUAAAAUUCUCCGAAAAAGGUCAUUCUGGCGUGGUGGCACUGAAAGCUUCGUCUUUAACAAGCUCGAAGAUUUUGCCGAGCAAGAAAAGCCGCGGACUCCAGUACUUGGGGCCGGCAUUACCGAAGCACUUAUGAGGCGUAAUGUGAAUCCUGGUGGCUUUAUGACCUCGCGUAUCAAUUGGGCCAUUCAAUCCUCAGGUGUAGAUUACCUUCACCUCAUAAUUGUCGCAAUGGAUUAUUUAAUUCGGCGAUUCAACUUGGAUGCACGGAUCGCAAUAACUGUUCAUGAUGAGAUACGUUACCUUGUUCUAGAAAAGGACCGUUAUCGAGCUGCGAUGGCCAUGCAAAUUGCUAAUGUCUGGACCCGCGCUAUGUUUUCUCAGCAGGUUGGAAUUAAUGAUCUUCCCCAGUCGUGUGCAUUUUUUUCCGCGGUUGAUAUUGACCAUGUGCUUCGAAAAGAAGUUAAUAUGGACUGCAUAACUCCCUCACACCAUACCCCCAUACCGCAUGGCGAGUCUAUCGAUAUCACAACUCUCCUUACAAAACCUUCAGCUUUUCUCGACCAAUCUAUCGUUCCUUCUGACCCUCCAGACUAUGCUAAUGUUAAAUAUGAGCCACGUACUCCUGUAAUGGAAUCCCUUGUAACGGAGAAUGAUAGUUUAACGUUUCUUAAGGCUCAAAUAACAGCUGACGAUGUAGAGUUGCGUGGUAUCGUUAAGGAACAGCGUAAUCGAAGCGAGACUAAAUCGACAUCUAAAUCCAUAAAUUCAUCGAAAAAACGUCAAAUCCUACCUUAUAGCCAAAAAUCAAAGCUGAUCGAAGAGCCGACGUUAAUGAGAGAUCCAUUUGAUGCAGGGAAAAGCACUUGGAGAAAACGGAACUGGACUUUAGAACGAAAUGUUAGUCAUGUAGACGUGGGCCGAGUCUCGCGCCUGUAG